CCACAUCCACAAUCCCUCAGAUAUCAAUUUGACAAAAUGACCAAGACACGAGCCAUUGUAGUCGUCGACGGGGGAAAGGUCACCGCGGUGUGCGACGCGGAGAUUCCUAAAAUACGAGAUGAGUGGGUGAUUGUCGAGGUCAAAGCAGUGGCCCUCAACCCUACAGACUGGAAGAUGAUCAACUGGGGCGCCGCGGAUGCAGGAUCGAGAGUUGGAUGCGAUUACGCUGGUAUCGUCGCGGAAGUUGGUAGCAAGGUCACCAAGUCCCAGAAAGGCGACAGAAUCGCAGGAUUCGUCCAUGGGGGAAGCCAGCCCGACCAUGAAACCGGUGCUUUUGGCGAGUACAUAAUCGCAAAAGCCGCUCUUCAAUUCCACAUCCCGGAUAACUUGAACAAUGAAGAGGCGGCGACGUUGGGCGUUUCAGUGGUGACGGUUGGUCAAGGACUUUAUAAAUGCCUUGGACUUCCUUUCCCCAAUGCGCCAGCGAAAGAGCCAAUAUUCCUUCUUAUCUGCGCUGCCAGUACUGCAACAGGAAUCUACGGCAUCCAGUACGCCAAAGCCUCAGGGCUGACCGUAAUUGCAACAGCCUCGCCUCACAACUUCGGCUUAGUCAAGUCACUGGGUGCUGACGCAGUAUUCGACUAUCACUCCCCAACAUGCGCCUCCGAUAUUAAGACGUACACCGGAAACAAGCUCAAGUAUGCUUGGGACUGCAUGGGCACGGGCGUGGAGACUUGCGCUGCCGCCAUAAGUGACGUGGAACCAGGUGCCGUCUACGGAACCAUCGUCCCAGGGCCGGCGGACGAGAAAAUCCUCAAGCAGACGAAUCCAAAUGUCGAUGGCCCGCGUUUCACGCUUGGAUAUGAUGUCUUUGGCGAGAAGUACAUUUGGAUGGUCCAGGAGGUGCCUCAAAAGCCGGAUGAGAUGGAAUUUGCAACUGCUUUCUUCGAGAUGAGUCAAGGGCUCUUUGCAAAAGGAAUUAUUAAACCAAUUAGACCGACUGUUAAUAGUACUGAACUGGGCUGGAGGGUGCGCUCAAAGGCUUGGAUGAACUGA